AGCACAUUUCAGCAACAAGGUAAUUCAAAGUGCUAUUCAUGAAAAAUUCAAAUAAUUUAAGACAUGCCGAAGAAAUAGGCCUACGUUAUAAGAACAUUAGAAACGCAUUCAAAUUUAAUUGAAUGUAAAAUCUAGAAUGUUUAAGCAAUACAGUCUUGGUAAACACCUACUUUGCUAGCCACUUUAUGGUAAAACGUUUUGUCCUAAUUUGUCAUUUUUCCGAAAGAAAUCAGAGAGAGAGAGUGAGGGACGGACAGAGAGCUAAAAAGACAGAUUACUGUCGGCUGUUGUCAGCUGUUCCAUCUACAUUGUUGCUUUUGUUGUUGUUAGAUACGUUGUACAGAGAGCGUGGGAUUUGACCGAUAGAAACAAUCCACCAACUAUACACACACAACUCAGCAGGUCGUUAUUGAAUGACAGGUGGCCUGUUGCCACAUAAUGCCAUGUUAAUGAUCGAAUGAAGAGCGGAAGGUUUGCCGGCCUAAUGACUCACAAUUUCCACAGAUGUAGGCAUUCACAAACGUCGCUCAAUCUUUAAAUCUCCACGACACACCUUGACAAAGAACCAAAUCAUUGUUAAUGUGCGCUGGGAGAUUAUUAUACUAUACCCAAAUCGGCCAAGAAGUACCUUGCCGAGAUUCUGCUUUUUCUGUGUGCAAAUAAUUACCAAGCAAAUAUCCAAACAAAAGCUACCAAGGCCUUGAAAUAUCAUUAUUUUCUGUUUGUAUUAUUCUAUAUUUAUCCCCUUCUCUUGAUGUAAUGGUUUAUGUCUCCUACUAUUUGCCUACAUGUUCACGUAAAUGAAUGCUCAUGCACUCAAACAUACACAUCAAUGAUAUAAACACCCUGGCACAUACACAAACAAAAACACCCCCCACACAAACACGCACACAGCACAAAAACUAGAUGUCUACCAAGUCCCCUCCCCUGGUCGCGGGGAAGCCUUCGGGGGUGCGGGUCAUGAUCACUCGCGGAGAACAGCCUCCUGCAGACAGCCUUCCAAUGGGCUCCAUGGCCUACAGCCAGGUGAAUAGCGGAACGUUGGAGCCCCAGUCAUCUUCUGUGAAUCCACAAAGAGAGGUGGAAAUGUUGAACCACUGCUUUGACGACGUGGAGCGCUUCAUGGGCCGCCUGCAGCAGACGGCAGACGCCCAGGGCAUCCUCAACCAGCGGAGAAAGAGGAAGAAACGCAGCAGGAAGAGCAAGAAGGAAGACAAAGACGAAAAUGUGCUGACCAUGAAAGCUUGCCCGCCAAUCGAGGAGGAAUUUGUGGGCAUCUUCCAGAAAAUCAAGUAUUCAUUCAGUCUUCUGGACCGUCUCAAGCCUUUCAUCACAGAACCCAACUCCCCAGGACUGCUGCAUCACGUCUUCGUUCCCCUGGAUCUGUUGGUCAAAACCACCGGAGGGCCAGAGCUGGGGGCCUCUGUGGUCAGUCCUGCCCUGACCAGUGGAGCCGUGUCACUGCUGCAGAAACACCUGACCCAGGAGGAGAAAGAUCUCUGGAAUACACUAGGACCAAACUGGACUUCACCAUGUUCCCAGCUUGGGGUGUCUGUCCCUCCCUACACCCCUGUGUUCCUGGAUGGGUGGGAACCAAGUAACCCAGACAGUCAGCCUUGGGAUGACCCGGUUGAGGUGCAACACAGAGAGGAUGCAUCCAGUGCGAAGAGGGCCGUGGAGGAACCUUCUUUGCAAACGUCAGAAAGGCCUUCUUCUGGUCCACAGCAAAGCGAUGAGUUAGAUGGCAGCACACUACCACCAGAGGGCGAAAGAAUGUUCAACUGCAGUUACGACUUUGUGGCACGAAACAGUAGUGAGCUCUCAGUGCUCCAAGGAGAGACCUUAGAGGUCGUUGAGUCCUCUAAGAGGUGGUGGAAGUGUCGCAACCGCUUCGACCAGAUAGGAUUUGUUCCCUUCAACAUCCUGGAGCCCAUGUCGGCCCUCAGUGACCAUCCAGAGAACAACCAAGUGGCAAGGAGUUUAUCAAAGAAGGUGCCUCUCAGUCCUCCUACCAACAAGUACUUGUCGUACGCCCCGCCCAGUCUGUCCUCCAACAGCCCCGGCACCCGUCCCCGGAGCGUGCUCGAACCCCCCAACGCCAUGCCGGGGGACGACGCCGGAAGAGGUUUCAUGAUGAACAACGAGCUCCUCCAGAGGCUCACCACUGGCCGGGCUGGCUCUGUGCACCCGCUGGUGAUCCCCCGCACCACCGACACCUCCGCCCCCCUGGACUACCACUCCUCCACGCAGGAGGUGGAGCAGUGGCUCUCCGCCAAGGGGUUCAGCCCCGAGACAGUGCAGUGUCUUGGCGUGCUGUCGGGUGCUCAGCUCUUCUCACUGAACAAGGAGGAGCUGCGGACCGUCUCGCCCCAGGAGGGCUCCAGGGUGUACAGCCAGAUCAUGGUGCAGAAGGCCUUGCUAGAGGACGUGCGUAAAGCCACAGAGCUGGAGGCGGUGAUGCAAAAGCAGAAACUCAAGGCCGACCUGCAGGAAGGAAGUGAAAUAUUAUAACGCUUAACGUGAACGGAGCAAAGUGCUUAAGGAAAAUGAAGCAGCUUCACCACUAAACACCAGGUAUCUCUGCUGUACUUUAGAGAGCCAGCAUGCCUCCCGACUGCACAGAUGGGGAGAGUUGGAGGAUGAUGGUUUGCUCAAAAACCAACCAAUUGUGGUCUAAUCUGUCCAACACGGUUACUGAAAAUUAAAGAUUUUUCUUAUUUCCAAACAAAACCAAACCCAUAGAAGUCAUUUAAAUGAAGGAAUUACAUUGUUUGUUUUUAAAUCACACAUUAAUAUAAUCACUGUUGACACAGACACAGAUUGCACAGGGAAUUUGGCCAAGCAAGGUGCGCAACUGUAUCUUCAUGGACUGAUAUAUUAUCACAGUAAACCAACGAAAAAUGUAUUUAUGAUUCCAGCAAAUCAAUGUUGACUUGUUGAGUAAUUAAACUAUUUUGCAUCUUGAGAAGCAUAUGAACUAACUAUUUUGUCAUGUAUAUCAUAAAUUCCUGAGACAUUACAUUUGCUAAUCUAGAUAAUCAUGAUAAUGAAAUUCUGCACAUGGGGGGGAAACAUUGCACUUUUAAUCAAGUGAAAAUGUAGAAGAGCGCAAUAGUGAUCAGAAGUAAAUGAAGUAACUUCUGAUACAAUCCCAACAGCUCUCAUGUAAACACUUUAUCAAUAAAUGUUUGUCAGAUGACGUUCGUUUUUUUAAACUGUCCACCGAUAGUAACUUUCAGAAAAUAAAAACUCAGAUAUUACAGUUAAGGCACUCGUGAAAAUGUCUUUCAAAACACAGAACACUUACAGAAAUACUAUGUCAGAAAUUGUGAAUACAUUUGUUCAGUUUAACUGCCUCCAAUUACUUAUUUUAAUUUAAAGAAUACAAAUAUCUCAUUGACUUUAACAGAGCUGCAUAGUGUCACAGGCUCCAUUCUACACACAAUUACAUAUUUAUUUUUAAAACACUUGGGCCAAGUUCUGUCAGCAGAGGGGGCUCACGCUCAGUACCGCUACAGUGGAAACGGUUAAUAAGGCAAAGUAGAGUUAAGAGAGUCCAAGUAUAUUGCCUCAAUGUCUGUAAAACGCGAUAUGAAUCGUAAACAUUGGCAACCCACAAUGAAAAAAAUCGACAGUGGUAAUCAAUACAAAUAUCCUGAAAUCACAGCGUCAAGUUAAACAAACGUAGAUCCCAAAAAAUGCAGAGGCCUCAACCACUAGCGGUUGAGCUAAAAUGUCCCCUCUCACUGAACCGUUAUAACAACUUGCUUCACAUUAUCUCUCUCUUUCAUUGGUCCUCUUUAUUUGUCCUCUUUGUAGGUUAAACUAUGGUCAUAGCACUCCCAGUUGAGCAGCUCUUUGCCUUCAAACCACAGCUUGAUCUCCCUCUCAGCACCCUCAACAGAGUCACUGGCAUGGACCACGUUCCUGAUUACAAUAGCAGAAAAACAAACAUCAAUGUUGUUCACCAACUCAAAAUAACAUAUUUAUUCAUAUUUAUUUCUUAAUCCUCCUGUGUU